AUGUCGGCGAACCAAACACUUCUGCCCACCGCACACCAGCUCAAAGAUGCUGGGAAAUCGACGAAAUCCGUUCUGAUUAACAAUGCCUCACGUUGGCUAAAGCCCCGUCCAAUUGGAGGCAUACUGUUCAUAAUAAUUGUUUGGUAUGGGCUCAUGACCUCUGCGAACUCGCCGUUGAAGUCCCGUCAUAAGAAAGCUAGUACGUCGUUGCAACCCAAAGGAUCGCCCUUCUCAUCUACUCAACUCGACCGGCAAUUACAAAUUCGAGAAUCCUUUUUCAGAGCGUAUCGAAAGUACGCCAAACCUUCGUGGAGCCAUGCUGCUGCAGCUCCACUUUCACUAAUCUCCAAAGAUGCACACAACGGCGACGGCGCGACUGUCGUGGACUCUUUGACAGCAUUAUACAUCAUGAACCUGAGGGAAGAAUUUGAGAUCGCUCUCAAUCAAACUAUUCACAUGGAUUUCCAAAUGUCCAAUGUUAAAGAUCAAGCCACUGCGACCCCCGACGGCGAAACUAUGAUCCGCUGUCUUGGCGCAGUUCUAUCGACUUGUGAAUUGCUCGGAGCAAACCAGACAAAACUUCUUCACAAAGCGCAAGAAUUGGGUGAUCAGCUUCAGACUUCCUUGAAUUUCAAUCGAUCAGCAGUUCCGUACCCCUGGCUGCAUUUUGGCACCAAUCAGAGGGACGAGAAGAAGCCAAUCAACCUAGCUCAGGCAGGAACUUUGGCCUUGGAAUUCAAUCGGUUGUCCCACUGGACCGGUAACAACAGCUAUCGCGCUCGUGUUGACGAAACCAGUCGACAUAUCAUGUAUAAUCCCCCGGCUUUCCCGGGCCGACAUUCACCAACUUCGACUGCUUCCAAUGGACCCCCAGUGGGCAAGAUUUUAAGUUGGGGUGCUAAGUUGAAUAGCUUUCUCGAAUAUGGUAUAAAGUACUGGCAGCUAGCAGGCGAGCCAGCAAUGUACUACAUGAUGUAUUGGCAAGACAGCGUCGACGCCUCGAUUGAUCACCUUUUACAAUGGACCCCUCGAAAAAAUCAACCUUAUCUUGCGGGAUACUCACUAGCCAGAGGAGGUCAUCAGAGUGAUAUGUCUCAACUGGCAUGCUUCGCUGCUGGCAACUGGAUGCUGGGCGGUAAACUGAUACAAAAUGAAGCCAUUUUCAUGCUCGGUGUGGGAAUGGCCGAAACUUGCUACCAAAGCGACAGCUCUACCCGCGACGGCGGGGGAUAUGAUAAGCUUGCGGAAAAAAUAAUCAACCAUGUGGUUGAUACAACACUUUUCUUGCGUCCAGAGAUUGCCGAAAUUGUUUGGUAUGCGUGGCGUUUGACUGGGGAUUCCGUGUGGCAAGAAAGAGCAUGGUCAAUCUAUGAAGCUUCGGAAAAGUACUUCAAGGCUACAGGUGGGUAUUUUGCACAAGAUCAUCUGAAGAUUUCGGCUGCGGCGAAACAUAAUUCCACGUGGGUCAAAUACUUUGAAAUUCAAAAAUAA